AUGAGUAAAUAUUCUUCUUCAUCAUCAUCAUCGUCAUCAGGAGGAGGAGGAGGUCCUUCAAAAGUGAUUUCAGAACUAUCAAUAGAAGAAACCAACAGGAUUAGAGCAUCACUUGGUUUAAAACCAUUGGAUACAUCAUCUUCUAAUAGUAAUCAACAACAACAACAACAACAACAACAACAACAACAAAAACAAAAACAAGAACAAGAACAACAACAAAAACAACAAGAAACUUUAAAUGCAAUUGAACAAUUAAAGAAAAAGAGAGAGAAACAAAGUUUACAUAAGUCUAAAUCAAUUGCCGAACAACAAAUCGAAGAUCAAGGUGACGAUGAUGAUCUUUCAUCUUGGAUACAAAGAUCAAGAGCAAAACAAGCUGCUACUUCUUCUUCUUCUUCUAUAAAAUCAACAACAAAAAAAGCGUUACCUUUAACAAAUAUGACAACAGGAAAUAUUAAAGUAUCAAAUAAAUUAGAGAAUAUAGCAGAUGGUAAUGAACAUAUAUUGGUUCUUAAAGAUUCAAAUGUAUUGGAUGAUGAAGGAGAUGAAUUGGUUGAUAUCAAAUUGGCUGAAAAAGAAAAUAGAGAAAGAAUAUUGGAUGGAUCAAAGAAAAAGUCACAAUAUGACAAGUUUGAUGAAUAUGGUAACCAAAAAAAUAAUAAUUUAUUGGAACACUAUGAUGAUAAUUAUAAUCAAAUAUCUGGAUUUACAAUUACAAAUGAUGGAUCACUUUCAAAUGAAUUAAAUGAACAAUCAUCAUCAACAUCUGCAUCCGAUGAUAUAAAGAAAAGAUUAGAACAACAACUAUCAUAUGAUUUACAAUCAAGUUCUGUUUUACAAUCAUCAUUUUAUACCAAAGAAGAAAUGGAACAAUUUAAAAACCCCAAGGUAGAUAAGAAAAAAAAGAAAAAGUCUGUUAGAUCUCGAUCAACAGAAGAAAAUGAAAAACCAUUUUCCCUUGGUGAUUUGGAUGCUACCACUUCAAGUGAUCUUGGUAGCAGAAGAUCAAGAAAAUCAAUGGCAGACGAUAUAGACACAGAGAAUCAAAGACAACAAAGAGAUUCAAACUAUCAAAAGGCUGUUGAAAAGGCGGCUGAGCAAUCAAAGCAAAUCUUUUCAUCCUAUGACGAAGAAGCAGAGGAUGAAAGUUUCUAUCAAUCACUUCAAAAGGCUAAAAAAGCAACUAUCAAACCAAAAGAAUCGAGCAUAGUUGAUAUUGUAAAAAAUAAUCUUAAAAAGAAACAACAAAAGGAACUUGAAGAUGGAGCAGAACAACAAUCAACAACAACAACAGAGUCUGAUGACAACUUUUUAACUUCAACAACAGAAUUUGUUCGAUCAUUAAAUUCUGAAGGUUUAAUUUCAAAACUCUAUAAAAAACAUGACGAUGAUGACCAAAUGACAGAGGAUCAACAAAUGUCAAAAGAUGAUGAUUUACCUAUGAAUCAACAAGAUGACAAUGAAGAUGAUGAUGAAGAUGAUGAAGAUGAUGAUAAUGAUGACUAUGACAACGAUAAUAAUAAUAGUCAUCAACCAAAUUUACAACAAACAAACAAUAAUAAUAAUAAUCAAAAUAAUGGAAAAACCAACAACAAUUUAAUUAUACCAGAAGAACCAAUGGUAUCUGGUAGUAUGUCUGCAGCACUCAAAUUAUUAAUUCAAAAAGGAGAACUUAAACCACAAGAAAAAUCAAAGAGAAAACUAUCUUCAUUUGAUGAUGCAGACACUAUCAUUCAACUAAAAGAUGAAUUUGGUCGUAUUAUGAACAGAAAGGAAGCAUACAAUGCAAUGUCACAAAGAUUCCAUGGCAAGAAAUCAGGAUUGAACAAGAUGGAAAAGAGAAGAAGACAAUAUGAACAAGAUUUACAACAAAAGAAAAUGUCAUCAACCGAUACUCCACUGGGAAUGAUGAAAACUUUCCAAACACUUCAAGAAAAAACAUCUUCUCCCUAUCUCGUAAUAUCUGGUGGUAUGAAUGGAGGAGAUAAUUUAUUAGGUGCUGUUUUACAACAAAAACAUCAAAAUAAUAAAAAAUAA